AUGUUACUCGAUCAGUUCUCCAAGGUCAUUGACAUCAACCUGAUCGGCACAGUCGACCUAAUUAGACAAUUCGUUCCCUAUAUCGCCACUCAAUCGCCAAAUGCCACAGGUGAGAGGGGCGUACUGAUCACAGUUUCUUCGGCAGCCGCAUUCGAUGGACAAGAAGGCCAGACAGCGUACGGAGCGGCCAAGGGCGCCAUAGCCUCCAUGACCUUGCCGCUGGCUCGUGAUCUCUCAUGUUGGGGCAUAAGAGCCGUGUGCAUCGCGCCUGGGUUAUUCGACACUGGCAUGGCGGCAAGUAUGCCACAAAAGGCCAAAGAGAGUCUGGAAAAUUCGUUGGAGUUCCCCGCUAGGGCCGGAGAACCGGAGGAGUUUGCUAGCUUGGUCGAGCACGUUAUUGAUAAUUCAAUGCUCAAUGGCACUGUCAUCCGCUUGGAUGGAGCUGCGAGAAUGCCCAGUCGUCUCCAAUACGCGAAGCACUACACCCAGCAGGAUAUCAUCGACAAGUUUGCACCAUCUGACAAAACAAUUACCGCCGUCCAAUCCUGGGUCUCAGAAAACGGCGCAACUUCAGUUUUAUCCAAGGACAGGGGAUGGCUGCAUGUCAACACCACCGUGGCGGAUGCAGAGGGGAUGCUCCACGCUCAAUACUACGAGUACCAUCAAGCAGCUGGAAACCACUCGACGGUGGCUUGCGAAGAGUACUCUGUUCCGGAGAAUAUUCAACGUCACAUCGACUUCAUCCAGCCAGGAGUCAUUCUUGCCGCUCCUAAGACUCCCCAACUCAAUACCAAGUUGAGAAAACGAGGCUUUUCCUCUGUCCAGCAAGCUGGAGCCGACCGGGCUUCCAAUGAUACCUCUGCAUGCAGCGACAAUGUCACUCCGGCCUGCAUCAAGGCGCUCUACAAUAUUCCCGACAACACUUUUAAUCAUUCUUCUAAUAGCCUGGGUAUUUACGAGACGGGAGAUUACUACGCGCAGGAAGAUCUCAACUUGUUCUUCACCAAGUAUACCCCCAAUAUUCCCAACGGCACGCAUCCUACUCUGGUCUCUAUCGAUGGCGGCCUUGCCCCAGCUGAGCCAAAGUUCGCUGAUGGAGAGUCGGACCUGGAUCUUCAGGUCGCCUAUCCCCUAUUCCAUCCUCAAGGUGUCACGCUGUACCAGACAGACGACAAGAUUUACACCAUCAGCGGUGCGGGAGGCCUGUUCAACAAUCUCCUCAACGCUGUCGAUGGUUCGUAUUGUUCUUACUGUGCCUUUGGCGAAAAGGGAAAUGAUGACAACUUUGACGAUGUGUAUCCCGACACCACGAGCCCCGAUGGUUAUCAGGGCGAGGUGCAGUGCGGUAUCUCAACUCUAACGAAUGUGAUCUCCAUCUCAUACAGCAAGUCAGAAGCCGAUCUCCCCUUCUACUACCAACAGAGGCAGUGCAAUGGGUUCAUGAAACUGGCUUUGCAGGGCCACACCAUUUUGGUCGCCUCAGGAGAUGCCGGUGUCGCCUCUCGUCCCUGGGAUCCGUUCCCCAAUGGAUGUCUCGGUGAGAACAACACUUUAUUCAAUCCCAACUUCCCUGGUAACUGUCCGUACGUCACGACCGUCGGUGGAACUAUGAUGUCUCCUGGGGCAUCUGUCAGCGACCCUGAGGUUGCCGCUUAUCUCCCCCACCAAGAUGGGACCGAUGACACGUACACCAGUGGCGGCGGCUUCAGCAUCAUCUACUCGAUCCCAAGCUACCAGAGCGCAGCAAUUGACGACUAUUUCGCCAAGCAUGACCCGGGCCUGAAGUCUUUCAGCUCCCUCCACAAUGCUACACACAACGAUUCUUCGCCCGUCGGAGCGAACGGGGGUAUCUAUAACCGCAUCGGAAGAGGCAUGCCAGAUGUAUCCGCCAUCAGUCAGAACCUAGCUACUUUUGUUGAUCUCGACUAUGGACUCAUCAGCGGUACUAGCGCCGCAACCCCGUUGUUCGCAUCUCUGAUCACCAUCAUCAACGAGCACAGGCUGCAGGCUGGGAAAGCACCCGUCGGCUUCAUCAACCCAACACUCUACGCCAACCCCCAGAUUUUCAAUGAUAUUACAAGCGGCAAUAACGAGGGAUGCAACACAAAGGGGUUCUCUGCGGUGCCUGGGUGGGACCCAGUCACGGGACUGGGAACUCCAAAGUUUCCUGAGAUGUUAGAACUCUUCAUGAGCUUGCCUUAG